CGAGUACGAAAAUUCACUAUCUCCGAUGAAGAUUUAGAACCUGCUGGGCAUGUGCCUGCAUAUGCUUGUUUGGCUACAUCGCUCGUUAGCAAUCACUGCCCUUGCAUUGCAGAUGGCACGUCACCAGUUUGCGGGUUCCGGUUUUCGGGUGCAAGAUUGCAUUUUGCUGUUGUGCCUAAGAUCGUUUCAGCCUCGCCCGGCGGACCUACAAUCUAUCCCAAAGUGCAUCACUAAAUGCACCAACAGCCCCGCAUUUGAAGUAUGUCGCCAUUGGUCCCCAUCACAUCAUACGUGCCAAUGGUGAGGUUUCACAGCCCCCAGCAUAACACCUAACAGAGACAGCGCCCACAUGAGUCAAAGCAUGCAAUUGGAUACGUUUGCAGGCGCAAACUCCUGCCAUGGUGCGGCGUGUGCGGCGUGCACUGUUUGGCUAGCACCAUCGUCAUACUGAGGUGACACCUCAGGUCGGAACCACCCGUUGCAGAA